AAAAGCGCCAAAAGUUUGACAUCUUUUCAAUUUUGAUCAUUGAUUUGAAACAAUUGAUUACAAGAUCUGUUUAUCGGGUAAUUGAGUGUUCAAUUAGUGACCAUUUAAUACCCGAUGAAAAUGGAUACCAAUAUUAAUGAUAUGAUUAAUGAAGUGAUCGCUGUUUGUAACGAUUUGGGUCACAAAAACAAACUCUUGGAUAACAAAUACAUAUUGAAUAAGAAAGACUGUCAUCAUGUGCUUAAAGACCUGAUCCGCUUCUUAAGGAGCGAUAAUAAAACACAUUUUCCCGUCCGGACACAGUUGGGAACAUCGGAUAUUGUAGACAAUGAUUUGAUCCCAAUUGUUGAACAAUACUGUUUAGAAGACAUUCCUUUGUUUGAUAAAAUACUUCGUCUGUUAAUUGAUUUAACAAAUCCGGUAAUACUUCUGUUCAGACAAACGACACCAACGGAUAAAUCAGAGUUACAAAAGUUUAUUGAAUUACAAGAAUUUCUUUACUUAUAUAAAGUAUCAUUUGGUUCACACAAGAGAUUCUGGUCAGUGAUAGCUAAACACUUGACGCGAAUCAUUGAAUUGGAGGCCGAGAACCGUCAGGUGGAGGACGGACUCAUGUUUGAGCGCAUUCUUAUACUCAUCAGAAAUAUUCUUCACAUUCCCAUCGAUGGCCAACACAUGAAAGCCGAAGUACAUACCAAUCCUCACGACCACUUACUACAAGUGCUACACAGUUCGGGAAUCGCUGAUCUCAUACUUUAUUUAACCAAUGAUGACGCCCAUCAAGAGUUUUGUUUUCAUUUAAUUGAAAUCAUAUCUUUGAUGUUUAGAGAUCAGAGCGCAGAGUUUAUCGCUAAAAGUGUAACUAAUUGUCAACAAAAUGAACAACAAAGAAGUGAUUUCGAGAAAGAAGUCGACAGAAAGGAGUUGAAAGAAUUGAAAGCCAGAGAUAUUAAUAAUAAAAUUAAAGUAAAACCAAAUUUAAAUCGAUUUAAUGGCACAUAUAGUGUGAAGAAUAUGAAGUCGAUUAGCGAUCGCGAUAUGAUUUGCCACAAAACUCCACAAGACUUAACUCAAUUGAGUUUUGACGUCAAUAAAGACAUUAAACGUAAAAAUCGAUUCAGAAAACCAAUGGCAGACGAAUCGGCAAACAAGAGUGCUAUCGGUCCACAAGUGAUACAUAAGUCAACAUUUACUGUCAGAAAAAUUUUAUACGAUUUUUGCGUUGAUUUUAUUACCAAUUCAUACAAUCUAUUUAUGAAAACAAUUUACGAGAACUUAAGUCGAAAUCUAAACCAAGAAAACGAUGAAACAUAUUAUCUUUGGGCCAUUCAAUUCUUCAUGGAAUUCAACAGAACUAAUCCCAAGUCAUCCGACAGUUUACUGGUGACCCAAACGAUGACAGUAACGACCUUUCACUUCUUGACCACACAGUUUGAACGUUAUAUUGAUUUUCUUAAGACACAAAAGGAAAAUUUGUCUCUUUGGUCAAAAAGACUUCAUUAUGCACUGAAAGCAUAUCGGGAACUGUUGUUUAGUAUGAAUUGGUUUAGUUAUAACAAAGAUGAAAGUAUCCGAUCGAUUGCUAAGCAAAUAAAGAAAUAUAUUUUUUAUGAAGUAGAGUAUAGAGAUCUGUUGCUUCAAUUGAUUGGUGAUUAUAAUGAGUCAAAAAUGACAAAAUCAUAUCUUAAGGAUCUUAUUGAGACAAAUCAUAUAUUCCUAAAAAUGUUGGAACAUUACUAUAGAAGUAAUACUAAGAUUGUCGUCAAAGAAAAAAUAAAAAAAUCUAAGAGAAAGAAGUCACAGAAGAAGAAAAAUGAUUCAAAAAUACCUCCUGAAGAUGUUUGGAAUGAAAUUAUUAGUAUUGUUUCCGAAGCAUUAUCUGGAAGUCUAGAUCUUCCGUCACCUCAAGAAAAUGUCGAAAUUCGAGCAUUUGAUUCAAUUUCAGGAAAGAAAAUUGAAGAACAAAAAGGUGAUGUUAUGCAACGCAUUCAUAAUUUCUUAUAUGAGAAACGAGUUGUUGAAGCCGUCAGCCUAUAUAGAGAUGCAAGAAGUUGUUGGGCCGGUGAUGAAGACAACGCCUUUGGUAGUCAAGACAUUCUUCCUGAAGAUGAACUCAUUUCAUUAAAUGAAAUUUUAAUGACUGACUUCCCUAACGAACCAUCAGUUGAAGAGGUAAAUAAUGACGAAGAAAUUGAGGAAAAAGACAUUGAAGAUAACGAAAGCCGAACACAAAUAAGAGAACGAGAGAUUGAAUUUACUGAAGUAAUCAAUAAGUAUUGUCGUCCAAAUGUGAUCACUAAUUAUUGUUUGCUUUUAAGACAUUUUGAUUCAAAUACUGAUGAAACAAAUCAUUGUAUACUAAAAAUGUUACACAGAAUUGCUUUUGAUAGCAAAAUGCAUGCAAUGCUAUGUCAGGUAUCACUGUUUCGUACACUACAACGCAUUUUGUCGGAUCCGAUAAGAGAUUCAUCAGCACUUAAUGAACUGAAGAAAUUUGCCAAAUUUAUUGUAAUGAAAUUUGUUGGAAUAGCUAAUAAAAACAAGAAAGUCUUUAUGGAAAUAUUUUUCUGGAAGAACUGCAACGAAGCUUAUCAGGUGGAGGAAGGAUACACUGAGAGCAGAGGCACCAAAGUUGCCAAACAAUUGUGGACUGAGGAACAAGAACACGAACUAACUGUUCUUUUUGAAGAAUAUAAAGACAAAUGCGAAGGCGAUAAGGAUUACAUCGACUUUAUUCUUGAACAUAUGAUCGACGAUACAAAAACUAGAAGACAAGUGAUUAAACAACUUAAGCAACAGGGACUUUUUAUACCACUUAAAGCUAAAAGAACGUCAACUAAACGAUCAAAAAAUAAAUCUGAGAAUCCAUUCGAUGAGUUAAGAAGUGAUGAGGAAAGCGAUGAAGACAUGAAUGACAAUUUGAACACUAAUUAUAACAACGAAGAGAUAAACCAUCACUUGAAUGAGUAUAAUAAGGAUGAUAAUGAAGUUAAUGACGUAAACAGCGAAAUAGUCAAAUCAUUAGAGGAUGAGGUGAGUGAAGAUAAUGACGAUAACCAUAACAGAGAUAAUGAAGAAAUAUCAGAAAAGAGAGAGAAUGAAAAAAUGAAGUCAAAAGAUAGUAUCGAUAUUUAUAGAAAAAUUAAAAGAAAACGUCUUAUAAGUGAUUCAAGUGAGUCAUCAUCUGAUGAAUUACCCGUUCUUACUAUCGAUGAGUUGUCUACAACUGAUGGAAUUAAAAGAACUAUUGAUGAUUCAGAUGACGAAGUUGUGGUCAAACCUAAAAAUAAGAAGAGACAUCUGAUCAUCGAUGAUGAAGAAGACGAAUGAAUAAUUCAUUUGCCUAUAUUAACAAUUUAUUAUUUUAAUUA